CAAAGCGAGGUUAGCCGCCCAGCUACGUAAUGGCCCCGGGGCGGCCCAGUGGGGGCCGCGAGUCAGAAUUUCGAAGCCAGCCAGAAGCCCCCUCAGGCUCCAAGGCUCCCAGGCUCCCGGGCUUGCCGCCGAAAUCGGUCCUUGAAACUAUACUAAGAGAGACAUGGGGCCAAGGAACGAUCCCUUUUUGGUACGGUGGGGAAAUUCAACCGAUGGCUCGAUCAGAUAAGAUUGAUAAUUUGCGCGGCCAGAGAAGAGGUCGCUCCGCAAGCUCCGACGGCCUCAACACGCGAUGCAGCUCUGUCUUCUCUUUGGAAUAUCGGCCGUUCUGCUGUCUCAUUAUGUCCGUGCAGCAAGCGUUAUCUCAGAGAACGAGCGGUGUGUGACCGCCGUCUAUACGGGGCUCGAUUAUGUCUCGUUCGCGGGUGAGCCGGCAUAUGGACUAUGGGAGAACCGAUGCCAGAAUCCACUCAAAGUCGCGUCAAUAUAUGCAGCAGCUGAGAAAUAUUGCGGUGAGACUGAGCAGACGGCCGGGUUUGCCAAAUUGGAUAUAUUUUGUCUGGAUCUUGCUUAUAUGAAAUUUCUGCCGAGAGAAAAUGUGGCUGAAAAUCUGACUAAAGAGAGUGUUGAGAUGAUGAGAGUUGUACGAUUUCAAGAAGUAUCUCGUUCUGAGCGUAUCAAUUAUCCAGUUUUGUUGUCACCUGCCUACUUUGACAGGACAUUUCGCACUAUCGAUACAUGGCAAAUCGAGACUUGGGCGCAUCAGGCCUACGGCUACUUUGGCUAUCUAUACUGGGCUAGUGUUCUCUUGGUAGGAAUGAUGCACCGAUUGUUACAACAUUCGCACCGAGUCCAGUCAACAUUUGCAAGACUUUCUUCGUUUGCUUUUGGCAAAAUGAUUUGCAGGGCAUACCAAUGGGUCCAUACGUAUUUGAUCAUCGCAUUCCCGCUCAAGUCACCAAGCCGAAAGGUCCUUUGUUUCGACUUGCCAACGCGAAUAGAUACAAUCAUCAUCCUCGGAUUCUGGCUGCUAACUAUUCUCUUGACAUCUAUUACAUAUCCUCUCUCCACUGAUAAUAUAUAUUGGCCAAACCCAACAAGACAACUACUUCGGUAUGUAGCCGAUAGGACAGGCAUUAUGGCUUUUGCGAAUCUACCAUUGCUCUGGAUAUUUGCAGGAAGAAACAAUAUUUUCCUAUGGGCGACAGGUUGGAGUUUUGCCACAUUUAACCUUUUCCAUCGCCAUGUUGCAUGGAUCGCUACAGCACAGGCAGUAGUUCAUACCCUUGCGUAUUUGAUAUUGUUUGAUCAAACAUCUUCGAAUAAACUUCGGAAACAAGUUUCUAAAACUUACAUAAUUUGGGGUGCGACGGCUACGGUCGCAAUGGUAAUGGUCUUACCAUCGGCUAUUAAAUGGAUUCGAAAUAAGUCGUAUGAAUUUUUCCUUCUCGUUCAUAUAGUGCUAUCCGUCGUUACAAUAGUUGGUUGUUUCUAUCACAUCAUUAUCUUUGAAGACGAAGGCUACGAGUAUUACCUCUGGCCCGUAGUAGCCAUCUGGUGUUCUGACAGAAUUCUCCGUCUGAUCCGCAUGAUUUAUUGCAAUUUCUACGCCCACUGCCGUCGAGCAAAGCUUAAAUGCACCAGCAGCACCGCACUGUAUGAUAAAACGUCGAAUGUCAUCAGAUUGGAAGUAAUUCCAGGCUCUUCAUCCUUUCAACCAACUGCCUCCAGCUACUACUAUUUAUAUCAACCUUUCCGCUUUCGAGGCUGGGAAAACCAUCCCUUCACCCUGGGCUCGUGGAAAUACAUAGACAACGGAGAACUUGAAUCUCGAAACAAACAACAAGCUCUAAACCCAGACGAAUCGACCGAUGGUUCCCAAAUCCCUCUCCUCUCAUCAUCUGAUCACGAGCACGAAUCCCCAUUGUCAAAACAGUCUGAAAUAACUGUCCAACAACCAAACCUUAUUUUCUGGAUUCGUCCCUACGAUGGAUGGACGCGUUCGCUUCGAGACCAGUGUCUCAAAUCAAUGGACCGGACUAUUCACCCAACAAUCCUCCUCGAAGGACCAUAUGGCGAACCAUUUCCUAUCGACAACUAUGAUUCUGUUCUCCUCAUAGCCGGUGGAACAGGCAUUGCCUGUGCAGUCCCUUACAUCAAGCAGCACAACCACCACUCCGUCAUGAGCGACUACGAUAAAACAGAGACUCCACGUCGCGACAUCCGACUUGUAUGGGCCGCCAGGGAAUCAUCCUUUAUAAUCGAUGUCGCCACCCGCGAGCUACAAAACGAACUCAUAUCCUGCGAGGAGUUCAGCGCGUCGUUCUACUCAACAUCCGCUGGUUUGAGGAACCAGCGCUUCAAGAUCCCGAGCAACCACAACUUAGGUACAGCGGACAUCGAUCUUGACAUCCAGGCUGGUAGACCUAAUUUACGGGAACUUGUUCUGGAGCAUGCGCGGGAGGCAAGCGAUACGCAGCGUUCCGCGGUGGUUCUAGUGUCAGGUCCGACGACGAUGGCAGAUGAAGCGCGUGCGGCAGUGCAGCACGCGAUACGUAGAGGUUAUAGGAGGAUUGCUUUUAAAGAGGAAUCGUUCAGCUGGUAAUAGAGUAUAAGCAUGUAGAAAGGAAGCGUUUCACGACCUUCAUUGAUGAAGACUAGACAUAGAUGGCCUAAAUAUAUUACUUGAUGGAAUUAAUUAAACCAAACUUCAGUAUUUAUGAAAAG